AUGGACGCUGCUCCGUAUGCACACAUUACACAAGGACCAGCAAUCGUUCAACCGACUGGACCUGCUGUAAUAACAGCUCCUCGUCGUGGAAUAAAUCCGCUGAUCCCAAUAAUCGGUAUUGGUCUCGUCCUUUUCCUCGUUGCAGCAACAAUUAUCCUAUCACUCAUACCAACCUAUUUAUCAACAAGAAAUAUUGAUCCUGUCGAUUCUUAUCGAUACAAUACGGUUUAUCGGAUUAAUAAUGGCUUCUUACCAGUCGGUGCACUUUCAGCAGACAAUUGUGCUACCAUUCAAACAGAUCAACAAGCUUUGUCUGGAUCGAUUCGUGGCACUUCAUCACCAACAGUAACUGUCAUAUCGUGUGCUGUUAUUGGUAAUAAUACGGAUUCUGGUCGUCGUCGCCGAGCAGUUUUGCAACCUAAAGGUAAUUUUAUUUCUAUAAAUGGCCGUGCUACAGGAAAUGGUAUUUGUCUUCGGGGUGCAUGUUUACAACAUCGAGUCGCAAGAUUUAUUGAAUUAUUACUUAAUCGUGGUAGUUUCGUUUUGACACUUGUUGGCGCUCAGUAUUCCCUAAAAGUUAUAUCAGCCACUAUUUUACCGACAGAAACGCCUGACUUAACUAAUGAUUUAGCUAUACUCAAUUAUGCUCUGGUUCUUGAACAAUUGGAAGCCAAUUUUUAUACACAAUUUCAAACUCAAUUUACAGGUCAAAAUUUUAUCGCCGCUGGUUUUACUCAAACAACAUAUGACUAUUUUAAUAUUAUCUAUUUUCACGAAUUAGCACAUGUCCGGGCGUUAACAGCAGUAAUUAGUCAACUCGGUGGUACACCAGUCAGUCAGUGUACAUACAACUUUGCUGCUGUAACCGAUGUGAAAAGUUAUGUCAGCGUUGCACAAGCUUUAGAAAACACGGGUGCAAUGGCUUAUGAUGGCGCAGUGAAUGGUAUUGCUAAUCCAAUGAUAAGAAAAACGGCUGCAACAAUUGCAACAGUCGAAGCUCGGCAUGCAGCUUAUCUGAAUACUCUCAAUGGGGCUUCUCCAUUUCCGAACACAGUUGAAAAUGCUACAGUUCCUGCACUAGUCAUCGCAGCUAUACAAAAAUUUCUCAUAUCAUGUCCAUUUACAAUCACUCCUCCGACUGUGCCUUAUAUCGAUUCGUCGUCUUUUACUGGUACUGUUCCAACAUCAAAUGAUACAAAGGUAUCACCAUAUACCAGUGCUAUGUAUACCAAUGAUAUGAAAGUACUCAAUUAUGCUCUUGUUGCAGAAAAUCUUGAAGCAGCUUACUACAAUAAAUAUGUAUCCACUUACUCAUCGACUGAUUACACUAAUAAUGGUUUUCCAGAUGCAAGCAUUUAUUUUAUUUUGAUUCGUGAACAUGAAAAUGCACAUGUGCAGAUUCUACAAACGGUCAUAAAACAACGUGGUGGUUCCCCCGUGAGUGUAUGCACAUAUACUUUUCCUGUCACAGAUAUUCGAAGCUUUAUAAGUUUGUCACGCACGUUUGAAAAUACUGGUGUAAGUGCCUAUACUGGUGCUAUCGAUAAAAUUCGUGAUCCUAGUAUCAUCCUGGCUGCAGCAACAAUUGCUACAGUUGAAGCUCGUCAUGCAUCUUACCUUAACUCGUUAUUAGGUGGCGUUCCUUUUCCCGAUGUAACCGAUACGCCCAUCGAACCGACACAAAUAGCCGCUACUCUAGCUCAAUUUCAAACAUGUCCGUUUUCAUCUGAUCUAAUACUUCCUGUCUAA